UUGCCCGUUUUGAGUUUUUGUGAAAUUUUCGCGAGUCAGAUAAUGUGAAUUUUUUGUUAUCGAUCCUAGUAGACGCUGCCGGUAACCGUGGUUGACAAGUGAAAAAAUUAUGUAAAAAGUGUUGAAAAUCGAGAAGGUGUUUUUGUUUAGGUUUGAAAUUAUUGCUGCAGUAGCAGCUGGGCUGGAGGCAAAAUUCUCGUGAGCAAAGAGGGCAAGUCGAAAAAAUCAAGUUCAAGUGUAGUAGAAGUAAGUGAUAAGUCCAUCCCACGCAGGAUCUGCCGCGGUUGGCCACUGCAAUGGACCCAAACGAAGAACCACCGCUGCAAAGAAGUUCUUCCUCGACUCUGAGCGCAGAAGAGUUCGAGAGUUGGACACUUUUGGACAGUUCACCGAAGGCUGGCCGUCUGAAGAUGAAACCCGAUGAGGCGACUAAAGCCGGUGGACAACCGGAAAAGGAAGAAGAUAGUGACGAAGAGGUAGAUGGUGAGGAAGAAAGUGAAGAAGAGGAAAGUGGAUCGGAGGAAGCGGACGAGGAGGAGGAGGAGGAGGAAGUGCAAGUGGACAAGAGUAGCAAACCCAGCGGAGUUGAACAAGUGAAAAACAAACCCAAACAAACGAUAGGUGAAAAUGUUGCACGUGAUGAGGACGGUGAUGGUCGAGUAGUUGAUCAGGGCAGCAGCAAGAAGAAGCGUACCGGCAGCAACGCCAGUUUACACUCGCACGAUGGGUCCUCCUCGGAUGGCAUCAGCGUGAUAAGCGAGAGCGACGGAAGCGAACACGCACGGCUGCUGCACUUCAACAAACACCUCAACUUUGACCAACUGCAGCAAUCGAGUGUACAGCUGACGCCUCCCCUUUCACCGGAACGGGAAGACGAUGCAAAACAAUCCAAACGCCAUAAGCAACUCAAACGGAAGCGAAGCCAUGACGAUACCGCUCUCGUUCCGGAAGAUGCAGUCGUCCCAUGGAGGCACAUCAAUCGAACGUCGUUCGUUGCGUUCAGCAUCGUCAUGACGGGUAUUGCCGCAAUCCUAGUAGGAAACUCCAAGGUGUACGAAAAUCGCGCAAACGUCGACAGUUUCAAUCACGAGCAGCGCCUUUCCGAGCUGGAACUGGAGAACACCAUCCUGAAGAACGAAAUGAACAAGCUGAAACACCUGUACACUCGGUCGGAACUGGAUGAACAAGUUCAGCGGGCUGAAUUUGACUGGAUGCAGGCGAUGGACCAGGAGAUGCAGGAUCAAUCUCCAGUGGAACCGGAGCCGCAACCGGAACCAGAACCACCGACGACGACAACUGAACCGGAACCGGCACAACCUCAGGUGCGACGAGUUCCGCCGCAAGACGACAACAUUAGGCACAAGGUCGUUUGGUCCGGUGACGAUGGCCAACCGAUGUUGAUUGCCGAUAAGGACUACGUGCUACCCGAGUUCUGUUACAACAAAAAUGCCAUCAAAGAUGAGCUGUUUUCCGAAUACAGCACCAAAUAUUGCGAUGCUAAGCAACGCAAGAUCGAAGCCAAACUAAAGAAGGCCGAAUACUACGCCGGCAAGCACAACAAGCACAAGCAUCCCAGAGAUUACAAACAGUACAUCCACCCAACCGCUGAAGAAGUGGCCGAACACCAGAAGCAAGCAAGGGCUCCUCCACCGAAGGCACCCUCCUUAUCGCCCUUUGACUUCGAUUACUUGGGAGCGUUUGAAACGAUCAAGGAGGAAGGCACAGUUAUCCUCCAAAGCUUGACCGCUAUUCUAGAUCUGGAUCCCGAACCGGAGUUGAUUCCCAACCACAACGAUGGCUACUUAGCAGAUGAUGAAGCUAGUAGUAGUAGUAGCAGCAGUAGCACCAGUCAGAGCACCAGUAGCAUCGAAAGCGUUCAACCGAAGAGUGGCCAACCUGCGGACGCAAUCAACUGGAACGACUACCCGUCGUGGGUUCGUGAAAAGUACGAAAAUCAACCGGAAAUAUACAGGAAGCUUCACAACAAGGCCCCACAGCUGUGGGAAUGGGAACGCAAGAAGAACCAGUUCCUCGAGGAGGUGGGAUUGACCUCGCUGGAGGAGGUUGACCGUAGGACGGAGGAUGAAUUGCGACAUCGAAGGCAGCAGUACGGGAAGGAACGGGGAGGCCAGUAUGCGCACAAGAAGUCCGACAAGUAUGACGACCGUAAGGGCAAGGGAGGAAAGUACGACGAACGGAAGGAGUGGAAACAGGAUCGUCCCCGGAACGGUGACAAUCGGUCAUACGAGAACAAAGAGCACCAUCAGAAAGAUCAGCCCAAGGAUUGGAAAGACAAAAAAGAAAAGCGAAACGGAGACAAAAGCCGAGAGUCCCACAGCAAAGAGCAUCGCGAUCAUCCACAAGCUGGCAGCGGUGCACCAUCCACCUCCUACGAAGCAUCCCACCAGAAGCAAUACAACGGCGAAAGUCGUGAAUCAUCGGGAGAUCGAUACAAAGAGCAUCGUAAGCAUGGCAAGGAGCGAAAAGACGGAGAGUGGAAGGAUCACCACAAGAAGAACGGCGAUCACCACAAGCACCGCGAACGUGAUAGCGAUGAACGUAGCUCCGGCGAUGGGAGCUAUAUGAAACAAUACCAUCAGGAUGAGCACAAGAAACAGUACAAGUCCAAGGAGGAGCACCACCAAGACAGAAAAUACGAUGAGCGAAAGCAGCAUCACGAUCGUCGUCGAGAUGACGAUCAUGAUGAUGACGAUGAUGAUCACUACAAGAGUCGGCAUCAUGAUAAGCAUCGUAACAACGGUGACUAUCGCAAGCAAGAGGAGCAGAAGGAGUGGCAUGACAAGCGGCAGAAGUACAAGGACGAACACUGGAACAAGCAUCACCAGCAACACCAUCAUGAGGAAAAGAAGGGGCACGAUCGAGAUCGUGAUCACCACCAAUCGAAGGAGAGGCGGCGAUAGGAAGAGAAUAGAGAUGAGACUGUAUUUCUAUUUGUAGAGAAAGAGAGAGCGUGAAAGGUUUUAUUCCGGUAUCCAUAAUGGCGAUGAUGAAAAGUUUGGAUAUUUCUGAUAGGUGAGUUACCAUUCGAAAUUUUAAAAAGAAGAGGGCGAGUUCGAAUGUUUUAGAAAUAGCUGCAUGUACACUAUUUUUCAAACCAAAUAAACUAUCUGAUGAUGACGUAUAAAUAUGCCAUAGAAUAUUUACCUACAAACAAAUUGAAGACACAAUGAAAUCAAAGAGUAGUUUUACACGUGACACAAAUAAAAGAUUAGUCACAAUCUUAAAAUGUAAGUCAAAACUACCCUAUAACUAUUAGCUUCUAGAGAAAAUAAAUUCGCAGUCAAAACGGAAGAUGCUGAUAUGCCAUUAUUCGGAAAGAAAGUACCAUCCAUCAAUGUCGCUCCAAUUGUCUUAUUGCAUAUACUUUAUUAUUCACUAAUAAAUCUUUACACAGUAAUUAGAUACACGAUUACGAGUAAUAAUUAUAAUUAUAAUAAUAACGUUACGAUCAAGGUGUUGGUUUUGAGUUGUUCAUUAUUCAUUCGUCGUUUCCCGCGUUCUUUACAACCGCUUUUACACCGCCUAAUCUUGCUUUUCGAUACAUUUUUUUCGAAUUACGAUAACAUUAGGUAGGUAAAUUUUAAUUUAUGCUUAGUUGUGACACACAUCGGGCGAAAGCUUUCCUGUUUCCUGUGUCAUCAUCAUUGCGUGACUAUGUAUUUAUACAACGUUUUAUUCUUGUGUUUUGUGUAAUUUAUAUCUUUAAUCUGUCAUUUUCCGUAUAAUACCCACAGUAUAUUUUGUUUUUUGUUUUCUUCAACCGACUUGCCUCCAAAAAUUUCAAAUUAACGCGAUUUUAUGGCAAUCUACUAUCUUCAUACUAAUAACUUCAUAAUUGUUCUUCUCUUCGUAACGAGGAAUGCAAUGAGUGUUGCAGCAGUUGAGACUUUAUGAAAGUAAGUUCUAGGUCAAAGCGGGAAAACCGAGUAACUUAGCAUCUUCUUUGGACCCAUGAAUCAAUGUAGGUACGUGUAAACUUCACUGUGACGCACCAUAUCGUUACCGAGUAUGAGUUACACUUCUGUUUUGUCAAAUUGAUAGCGGCAGUUGCGGAGCUUGAUCCUGCCGGACGACGUUAACACGAUUGUGAUGAGAUUCACUUGCCAGGAGCAAAUGUCGAGGUUGUUUUUUUUU